CUCUCUCUCAAAGUAAUCAUUACUCUUCUACCUCUUCAUAUGAAGACUCUGACAAACCUGCAUCUUGUGACAUUGCCGGUUAAAAUCUCGAUGCUGCGCUUCAGCUUUUAAGUUUAAAGAUAAAAUGGGGAAAGACUCGAGGUUCUUGAUUGGGAUUGGGGUUGCACUGCUCUGUUGUUGGAUAGUGGGGGCUAAUGCAGACUACAUGCUCUACAAAGAUCACCGCCAGGCAGUCGGCCGGAGAAUCAAGGACCUAAUGAGCAGGAUGACACUGGAGGAAAAAAUUGGCCAAAUGGUGCAGAUUGAGCGCCAGGUUGCCUCUGCUGAGGUCAUGAAGAAAUACUACAUAGGGAGUGUGUUGAGUAGUGGAGGAAGUGUUCCAAAGCAGAAGGCAUCAGCUGAGGCCUGGGUGGACAUGGUGAAUGAUUUCCAAAAGGGUUCAUUAUCGACCCGGCUUGGUAUACCAAUGAUUUAUGGGAUUGAUGCAGUUCAUGGUAACAACAAUGCUUACAAUGCUACUAUUUUUCCUCACAAUGUUGGCCUUGGAGCAACCAGGGAUCCUGAGCUGGUUAGGGAGAUAGGAGCUGCAACUGCCCUUGAAGUAAGGGCUACUGGGAUUCAAUAUGUGUUUGCACCUUGCAUCGCGGUUUGCAGAGAUCCAAGAUGGGGCCGUUGCUACGAGAGUUAUAGUGAGGAUCCUGAGAUUGUCAGGUCAAUGACUGAGAUCAUUCCAGGCUUACAAGGCGAGGCUCCGCCUAAUUACCCACUGAGUGUUCCCUUUGUUGCUGGAAGAAAAAAAGUUGCUGCUUGUGCCAAGCAUUAUGUGGGAGAUGGUGGCACAGUGAAGGGCAUUGAUGAGAAUAAUACAUUGGUUGACAUGCAUGACCUUUUCAGCAUCCACAUGGCGGGUUACUAUAAUUCUGUUAUCAGGGGCGUGGCGACUGUCAUGGCCUCAUAUUCGAGCUUAAAUGGAGUGAGAAUGCAUGCAAAUCGUGAUAUGAUCACUGGAUUCCUAAAGAAGACGCUACGUUUCAGAGGAUUUGUUAUCUCAGACUUUAAGGCUAUUGACGACCUUACUCCUACUGUGCAUGGAAACUACACAUAUUCCAUUCUAACUUCUAUCAAUGCUGGAAUCGAUAUGGUUAUGGUUCCAUACAACUACACAGAAUUCAUUGAUGGCCUAACCUAUUUGGUGAAGAAUAAGUUUGUUCCAGUAAGCCGAAUUGAUGAUGCAGUUAAAAGAAUUCUUAGGGUGAAGUUCGUGAUGGGGCUUUUCGAGGAUCCAUUGGGUGAUUAUAGCUUGGCACAUCAUCUAGGAAGUCAGAAACAUAGGAAACUGGCAAGAAAAGCUGUGAGGAAAUCUCUUGUUUUGCUGAAGAAUGGUGCAAAUGUAGAUGAACCAGUUUUGCCGCUUCCAAAGAAGGCGUCGAGAAUAUUGGUUGCAGGAACUCAUGCACACAAUAUAGGCUAUCAGUGUGGUGGAUGGACAAUUGGAUGGCAAGGACUCAGUGGCGAUAUCACAGUAGGUACUACAAUCCUCACAGCUAUAAAGAACACUGUUGACACGAAAACGCAAGUCACAUUCGAGGAAAAUCCUGAUCCCGAAUUUGUCAAGUCCAGCAAAUUCUCCCACGCCAUUGUCGUGGUGGGGGAGAAAACAUAUGCAGAGGGGAGUGGAGACAGCUUGAACCUAACAAUCCCCGACCCCGGGCCAAGCAUCAUCACCAACGUCUGCGCCCAUACCAAAUGCGUAGUCGUUCUCAUUACAGGUCGUCCCGUUGUGAUCCAGCCAUAUCUCCCCCAGAUCGAUGCACUGGUAGCUGCUUGGCUUCCUGGAACAGAAGGCCAAGGUGUUGCAGAUGUUCUGUUUGGUGAUUAUGGUUUCACUGGCAAGCUUCCUUUUACAUGGUUCAAGACCGUUGAUCAGCUCCCUAUGAAUGUUGGAGAUACACAUUAUGACCCACUUUUCCCAUUUGGGCAUGGCCUCAUCACAAAACCUACAAAAUAAGGCAUCUUUGUGGUUGUUUUUGAGAUGAAUAAGUUUGUUGUGUCAGUUAGUUUAGCAAAUAACAAGACUG